ACACAGGAAAAAGACAACUGCGUAUUGCUGCGACCGAAAACUGCAACACAAACGCUCGUCCUCUGUUGUUGUCAUUCUUUUUCGCAAAUAGACAACAAUAAACCGAGGAUUAAGGCUUUUAUAAGCCUUGUAAUUCUCCACAAGUUCUGAUUCAAUAGCUGGGAUGCAUAAUUUCCCUCUAAAUUUUAGCUUGUUUAAUGGCAGGUAUUGGAAAUUUCACAGUAAAAAGGAAGAGAUAUUUAUUAGACAUAGAAGUGCAAUAAGCAACCGAAGAAGAUUAUUUACGCGGUCGUAAGAAUCUGCAAGGGAGGCUUAUUGUUAUUAUUAUUAUUUUAUUUUACAUUUGAAUGUAAUAGAGUGCCGUUUGUUUUAAAAGGGGCUUCUGUAGGAGACAUCGAGGUUUGGUGUAACGGCGGAAUAACUGGUCGAUGGUUGUUUGUCAAAGAAACUGACAUCUAGUGGCGCUAAAGAGUCAUUGCAACUCUUGUCAGUGUAUAUAUAUAUAUAAAAAAAAAAAUAAAAAAAUAUAUAUAUAUAUAUAUAUAUAUAUAUAUAUACACAUAUAUAAUACAUUUGAAUAAACCAUGAAGCUCCUCGAAAACUCGAGUUUUGAGGCCAUAAACAGUCUGCUCACUAUUGAAACGGGAGACUGUAAGAUAAUUGGACGCAUCGAGAGCUACUCCUGUAAGAUGGCAGGCGAUGACAAGCAGAUGUUUAAGCAGUUUUGUCAGGAGGGUCAGCCGCAUGUGCUGGAGGCUCUGUCUCCUCCACAGAGCUCAGGAAUCAGCCCCAACAAACUGAGUCAGAGUUUGGAUGAUGGGGAGGGUCCUCUCUCGGACAAGUGCAGCAGAAAGACGCUCUUUUACCUGAUCGCUACUCUCAAUGAAUCCUUCCGGCCGGACUACGACUUUAGUCGCACCAAAGGCCACGAUUUUAGCAAGGAGCCCAGUGUUAAUUGGGUGUUUAAUGCAGUGAACAGCAGUUUGUCUGCUGCUGCGGGUGAAGCAUACAGUCACCUGCAGCCUCAGUUAUGGGAGGCUGUAGACAAAGAGAUCAGCCUUGCUGAAUGUGACAUAUACAGCUACAAUCCAGAUCUGGAUUCAGACCCUUAUGGAGAAGAAGGCAACCUGUGGUCCUUCAACUACUUCUUUUAUAACAAAAGACUGAAGAGGAUUGUGUUCUUCACAUGCCGUUCUGUCAGUCUUUUCAUGGCUCCAAGAGACUCUGGCAUCGGCACUGAACUGGAUCUGGAGUUAGAUGAGGGCAGCUAUGAGGAAGAGGAAGAGGGCAACAUGGAUGAAGAGAGGUAUGGUGCACUGUGUGCCUGAUAAAGCCCUCCUCCUUGUCAUCUGAAGCCAGCAUCUCUUGCCUGAGUUUUCAUUGCCUGUUAUUCUUUUCUGUUUCUUAUUCCAUUUUAUAUAUUGUUAGUCAUGUUGUAAUCCAGAGAGUGCUAUUCAUUGUACUUUCCAUUGCAUUCUCUUAAUAUUCCUCUGAAUUCCACUAGAGGGAACGUGUGUUGUUAUUUUUACUUUUUGUACUUUCUAUUUCCAAAGAGGUCAUUUUAUUUGUAUCCGAGUGCAAGUGUGUAAGGUUUAUUCUCCCUGUCUGUUUUCUCCCUCGCCCUCUUAUAUUUUCUUGUAACCUAAACCUCAUUUAUUCUUGUUUAUUUUUCCACUAGUUUUUAUGGCUCUGAGAACUCUUUACAACAGUAUUUCCACUAGGUGGCAUCCUUCAACGUACCUGUCUUCUGUCUCAGAUUGUUCUUUACUGCUUUAUUUAUUUUACUGUUGGAGCUAAUUUUAUGUUUUAAGGCAUUUCAAACAUUAAAAAUGAACAGAUUGUAAAUCAUUGUUCACAUUUAAAUGUUAUUUUGAGUUUUCACAUUUCUGAGGCCUAUAUAUGUUUAGAAUUCAUUUUUGUUUUCAACAUGCCCUUGAUUUUUUUCUCUCUAUUAAUUACAGUAGAAGUCAAUGGAUGAGUGUCAUUUUUGUUUUGUGGGAUUUAAUGUAUUUUCCUGCAACAUUCUUGCCUCAGAAAAGAUACGUAUUUAAACAGAUAUCAGUAUAAACAUCACCCAGAUUUAUUGGUGUCUUGACAUAUGGAUCAACUUUAUUUUUUAAUUGCAGCCCCAAAUCUAAUAAAUAUGUGAAAGGAAAACCAUGA